CUCUUAGAAAGAUUCUCAAACCCCUCUACACUUCUUUGUGUGUAGAGAUUAAUAAACCAUGUCUAUUAAUAAUUUUCUCCCAUUCUUCUUCCUCUUUUCACUUUUUUUACAUAAUGCAUCUUCUUCAGCUAUCGCCUCGAAUUCCGACAAUGGUGGUCAUGGCUUUGUAGAUAGGCAAGUUCUCAAUUUGAAGAAACUCAAGUGGAAACGUGAACAAAAUCAUAAUACAACUAAAUGCUUUCCUCAAAGAUCAAGAACAGAAAAGAAUGUAACUAUAUUAGAAGUGCAUCACAAGGACUACUGUUCUAAAACCAAGUCAAAUUGGAACCAAAGACUCCAAAAACACAUACUUUCAGAUCAAAUUCGGGUGCAUUCGCUACAAUCAAGGAUUAAAAUUGCGCUUUUUAAUGGCUUUAAUCAAGAACUUUCACAAGCUCAGAUCCCUCUUAUAUCUGGAGCCAAACUCCAGACUCUCAACUACAUUGUGACCGUUGGCUUAGGCAGUCGCAACAUGACACUAAUCGUGGAUACAGGGAGUGACGUCACAUGGGUCCAAUGUGAACCGUGUGGUUCUUGUUAUAGUCAACAAGAACCUCUAUUUAACCCAACAGACUCUCCUUCAUACAAACCAGUUCUAUGCAAGUCAACAACUUGUCAAGACCUCCAAUCUGCCACUGGUAACUCAGGAGUUUGUGAGGCUAACUCUACAACUUGUAACUACUAUGUUAGCUAUGGAGACGGGUCGUACACAAAAGGUGAUCUAGCUAGUGACAGCAUUGUACUUGGUACCUCAGCAAUCAAUGGUUUCGUGUUUGGUUGUGGACGGGUUAAUGAUGGACUGUUUGGGGGAGCUUCCGGGCUUAUGGGACUUGGAAGGAGUGCUCUUUCAUUGGUUACUCAAACUAAUGAUGUUUUUGGAGGAGUUUUUUCUUACUGUUUACCAUCAGUGACAGAUAAGGGUUCAGGGUCACUAAUUUUAGGGGAUGAGAUUUCAGCUUACAAGAACUUUAGCCCGAUUUCUUAUACUAAGUUAAUAUCCAACCCAUUGCUUCCUUUUUACUUUCUUAACCUCACAGGAAUCAGUAUAGGAGGGGUAUGGUUACAAGACCCAAGUUUCGGUCAAAAGAAAAUGCUAAUAGAUUCAGGAACCGUUAUCACAAGGCUUUUUUCCUCUGUUUACAUUGCUGUGAAGUCCGAAUUCUUAAAACAGUUUUCGGGUUUUCCAAAAGCUCCAAACUUUUCAAUCUUGGAUACUUGUUUUAACCUCUCUUCCUAUGAUCAAGUGGAGAUACCUACAUUCAAGCUACAUUUUGAAAGCAAUGCUAAGCUUACAGUCGAUGUAAACGGAUUACUAUACUUUGCAAAGUCGGAUGCAUCUCAAGUUUGUCUAGCUAUUGCAGGACUAUCGGAUGAAGAGGAUAUUGGCAUCAUUGGUAAUUACCAGCAAAAGAACACAAGAGUUAUAUACAACACUAAAGCCUCAACACUUGGAUUUGCUCAAGAAACUUGCAGUUUGGAAUGAAACUGCAAAAGGGACAGAUUCAUUCAUGAUUGUUGUGAAUAUUAUAUCAUUCAAAGAAUUUUAUAUUCAGUCAUUGGGUCAUGGUAUAGAAUAUUAAUACCUAUGCAAUUUAUGAUUUCAGAGUGUUGUUUAACUUAUACAAA